CUCUCUCCACUCUCUUUCUUCCAACUUACAAUUGAAGUAAAUGGAGGCAAGUGCAGAAGCACUUCCGUGCCCAGCUUACCCUUUUUCAAAUCCUCUUUUAACAUUUUCUCAUUCACACAGAAAAAGUAAGAAAAAGAAGCUUUUUUCCCCUUCAUCAUCACUAUCAGAGACAGACCCUCUAAAGAAAAAGAAGAAAAAAGCCCUCAUGUGAAUGUGACAAUGGAAGCUAAGCCUCUUAGGAUUGUUCCCUCUUCACACAACACUUCUGGGGUAGGAGGUGGACCCCGGAAGAAGAUUGACAUUGGACACGCGAUGAGAAAUGGUGGUGCUGCUGGUGGUGUUGAUGUUGAGAGAAGGAGGGUUUUUAUGGUCAAGGAAGAGAAAGAGAAAGAAAAAGAGUACUCUUCCAAUAGUGUUGAACUUCAUCUUGGGGUUGAUGCUUCUCAUUCUGCGCCACCAGAAAUAAACCAUGUGAUCACUGAAGCUCAGAGGCGUGAGCUUCACCACCAAGUUUUCAUCUUCAACCACUUGGCUUAUAAACUUCCUCCUCCUCAUCACCGUGUGCAAUUCCCAAGCAACAUGUCAGAAUACAGUUUCCUUGGUUUUGAUCAUGGGAAUGUGGUGGAUCCAGAACCUCAUAGGUGCAGAAGAACUGAUGGAAAGAAAUGGAGAUGCAGUAAGAGUGUAGUGCCUGGUCAAAAGUACUGUGAAAGGCACAUGCAUAGAGGUAGAAAUCGUUCAAGAAAGCCUGUGGAAACAUCUCAAGUUAACUCUCCUUUGGCAUCAAAACCUUGUGGCAAGUCACCUACCAAAUCAGCCUCAAAGACAAGAUUUGAAAUUUCAAAUCCAAACCUCACCAUGGCAAUGCAACCUAGUGAAACACCUUCCAGCACCCCAUCAAGGAGCCUCAGCAUUGACAAUUGCUCUUCCAUGAACAGGUCCCUCAUGGUGUUUCCUUCGGCCUCUGCGGCGGCAUUCCCGGGCUCCGGCCUUGCCACUGCCGGUGCUCCUAAGGCGGCGGAUAACAAAAGUUGCCUAAAGAUGUGCCAGAAAGAUAACCAGUCCAAGAGCCGUGUCAGUAACAGCACAGGCAAUAGAAGUGAUGGGAAAGGAAGCAUUGUUGUUGGUGAUUCUAAUAGCAUCUCUACUGGAAUAAGCUUCUCCCCAACAAGUGUUCUUCAAGUUUUUGGUAACAACCCUUCUUACGUGAAUGACAAAACCAACAACACAGAAUCUGCACCGGACCGGUGCCGGCGAACGGACGGCAAGAAGUGGCAAUGCAAGAGUGUUGUUCUUCCUGGUCAGAAGUACUGUGCCACACACAUGCACAGAGGUGCUAAAAAGCGUUUUGCAAGCCAUGAAAUAGCAGCAGCUGCUGCUACAACCACCACAACUACUUGUUCUGCCGUUACCAUUGCGCGGUUGCCGAACUCUCCGGCCACAACCAACAUGCAGAAAGAGGAUUCCGCAAUUCCAAGCACAAAUCUUUCCAUGUCAGUUCCAGCAAGUGCUCAAUGCAAUGGGAAAGGCUCUAGUAACAAUGACACUGAUACCACCAUCAGUGACACCUUGCAAGAGUGUAGCUAUACUUCUUUCUGAGACAUGCUUUUUUUCUUCCUUAAUCCUGCUUCAUGAACAAGUAGCUGUUGUAACAUUUGAGAUCAAUUAUGUGUGAAGUGAACAAAGAUCUCCAUGAAGAAAAAAUUCAACCCCGUGUUUUUUAUC